AUGCAGCCUGUGGUGGGGCCCUCCAACCCGUCUAGCACCACUGAACCGCCAAGGUCGCCCUCGGCGCCAGGAAAUCCACACAUUACCCGAAAACGUGUGAUUUAUAGCUGUCAAACAUGUCGUCGGCGCAAAGUCAAAUGCGACAAGACACUCCCAGUAUGCGGAAACUGCGCGAAAAAUGGUACCGAAUGCGCCUACGACCCGGAGAUCCAGAAAGAUGGGAUGCGAGCCAAACGUACUCGCCGAGUGAGAGCCAAACGGCAGAGAGAUAUCCCACAGUCGGAGGAAAAUACAGAUGAAACCCUGCCGAUCCAUGACCGAGCGAGGCAGGGAUCAUUAUCAAAAGGCCAAAAAACAGAUUUAAGCGCAGUUGAAGCCCAUUUGGCUCAACUCGUAUCGCUCGUUGAGCGACUACGGAAGGAUAACCAGGCGAACGAAUCGACAGAGAUGCAAGCGGCUGCAUUAAAUACUGGCGUCCAAACGGCGCCGAUGGAGGACGGCAGUUUGGGGAGCAAAUCGAUCGUCGCGCAACCGCCCAGUCCAUUCAGCGCUGCUGCUGACUGUAGCAGCGAUGACUUCCCCAUCCCAAAUGGCCAGACUACGGAUCUGGUUGAUCCACUGGGAACUUCAAACUUGGGCCACAUGUCUUUGGGGGAUGGCGGGAGGUCAAGAUAUGUCGGGACGACGUAUUGGGCUUAUAUUUCCCAUGAAAUGGAGGAGCUCAAUCAAUUGCUCGGAAACCAGAAUCAGCCGCAUGAUAUAGCAACCUGUAGUGAUACCCCAACCGAUUCCGUUUCUAGCAAGCAAAGACAGCGGAAAGAAUCGAUGAGCAGCCGAACUACGAGCCGAACCACGCGCUCCCCCUUUCCUGUCGGCUUCUCAGAACCCCUUCAGAAAGCCGUUUGCAUCCCAUCGGCCUAUUUAUCACCAAAUGAUAAAUCGGUCGAGCCAUAUAUGCUUGAGCAUGUUCCAACAAAAUGGCAGAGUGAUAUUCUCUACAAGGGUUUCAUGUCUGGUGUCCACUCACUGAGCCCUAUUGUUCACCCUCCAACGAUCCUAAGACGUUACAAAGCCUUUUGGGACUGGUACGACGGCAAAAGCUAUACGGGGGAGCCAUGCCCUAGUUCUUCUUUUAUUCCACUCCUAUACGCGAUAUGGUUUGGAGGCUCAGUCACAAUUUCUAUGAGAACGAUGGAGACGGAGUUCAAUACUUCGUCACGCGCUGUCCUCUCGACAAAGUAUAGCGAGGAGGUCACCUGUUGGUUGGCCAAGAUUUCGUUUCCCCACAGCGUCACACUUCAUGGUCUGGCGGCCUAUCUUGUUGCGCAGACAAUUUUGUCAAGAGAGGAAGAACCUUUGGCAAGUAGUUUGUUUGUUAGCUUAGCAGUGAGAGUGGCACAGACCUUGGGAUUACAUCGGGAUCCCGCCCAUUUUAAUAUCGACCCAUGGGAGGCAGAGUUCCGACGCCGAGUGUGGUGGCAUAUCAUGCAUAUGGAUGCCGUUAUUGCGAUGUCGAGUGGGCUUCCACCAUUGCUUACUGAUACGACUUACUGGGACGUUCGUGAGACCAGCGAGGUCAAGGAUACCUUAUUAGGUACUGCCGAAGCCAAAAGAUAUGAACAACAGGUUGCCGACGGCCAACGGCCACCUGAUAACCCAGACAAUCCGACUGUCUGUGGUGGGCCGUCGAUGGUAAAUGUGUAUUAUCUGAACGCAAAGGCAAAAUGCAUAAUGGCCCAGUCUGUUCGUAAAGUACUAAAGAUUCAGCUGGGUACGAAGCCUCUAACAAGAGGGGAUAUGCUGGAGCUCCGCUCUGUCCUUCACGAUCUUCAAGUCAAACUCAACUCCAUCAUAAACCGAAUUCCAGAGACAACGGCAACCGAAAGAACAGUAGUGUCUCCAAAACGAGUUUCUCAUUCUACCGAGGCGGAACUUCCUAUUGAAGGUCCAUCUGGCUGCCCGGAGCAAUAUCAUUCAGCAGUCCUCGUCGCAUUUCAUAAAUGGACCAAGAUCAUUCUGUCAUUGUUCAUUGAUAAGGCAUUUUGUGUUGCGUAUCAACCAUUCCUCAGGAACCCUCGAAGUCGAAUCUGGCCAGUAGCACGACAAAGUGCGCUACGCCAUUGCUAUGCAUUCAUGGAGAAGUUUAUUCGAUUGGCGACGGACCCUGACUUUCAGCCGUUUCAAUGGGGCUGGCCUGGGAACCAUCAGCCCAUGCAUGCAAUGAUGAUCAUUCUCAUCGACUUGUAUGAACGACCAUAUAGCCCCGAAGCCUCCGUGUCACGCGGAUUUGUUGAUCAAAUUCUGUCUCUUUGUGGACCGGACGGAGGUGUCGUGAGUGGCGGAGAUGACAUCUUCACACAACGCCCGUUGAGGAAUGGAGGCCGCGAGGCCUGGGGCAUGAUCCGUCGUCUGCGCCAACAGGCCUGGCAGAAAGCCGGUCUGAACCCAGAAUUGCCCUGGACGGGGCAAGAUCGGUCAACCAAUUUCGCAAAUGCACCUUACUUCAAAUCAAUGUCAUCCGCAAAUAUCCCCCUAUCCUCAGGCGACAGAGCAUUUGCUCCCGACUCAGCCUUUGGUCGUUCCUCCGCCGCUACUAUGUCGAGUCAACAAUCCCUCGUUAACUCUCCUAUGGUGAACUUCUUGGACACCGCCGGACCGAACGCAAUGCCUGCUUCUGAGCCCGCCCCCUUCAUGAUCGAUCCAGGGCUCAAUUUCGACUGGGGUGAAUGGGAUAAUAUUUUUGGGCAAUCUUUACCCGUCGCGGAUGAGCUUAUGGAACUCGAUCAAGUCACGGGGCUUGCAUUUGCGGACUUGGAAAAUAGCGCCCCGUCCGAGCAUAAGACGGAGACAAUAUAA